AUGAUGAAUCGUACACUUCUCGUAACGGUGCUCAUCUCGUCUUAUCUCAUUUGCCGCGUAUGUACGGGCAAGCCAAUAUCAAACGUAAGGCCAACAGGAAAUGAUGAAAGUGUGAAGGACUUUGACUUAGCUGAUGCUUUGAAGCCUGGUAGGUUCGAGGAAAAGAAGAAGAUUGAGUUACCGAAAGUAUCAGGAGUAGAAGACAGUGGAUCACUGAACUUAGAAGACGUUCUCACAGAUGAACAAAAGUCGAACAUGCGUUUUGAAGAAGCGUAA